UUCAGCCUGGCCACAUAACCUUGCUCUCCACCGCCUGGUCUGCACUCGCCUGCCCUGCUCAGCUCAGCUGGGAUGAAGGGGGCUCUCGGACCCCUCGUGUUCUCCCUCCUUCUGCUCCUCCAAGCUGGAGGUUGUCAAGAAGUAAAAGUGAAGGCUGCUGUUGGGGAGACGGUUCAGCUGCAGCCCAAGACAUGGCCGUCAUCCUGGGUGGCAAUCAACUGGAAAGUGAAACUGCGUUUAGAGGGCUACUGGAUCCUCAGACACGAUCAGAACAGGACCUCGGCCAAUCCAUUACUGACCUUUGCUGACAGAGUCUCUUUCCACCCUGGGAAUCUCUCGCUGCAGAUUAACUCAGUCACGGAGAAAGAAAGUGGCCUCUACACCAUGGACGUGAAGCUGGGGGAUGGCUCUGGAAUCACCCAGCCCCUCUCACUGGGACUUCUCCUUCCAGACCGUGUCCAGCAGCCCAACAUCAAGGCAUCUACUUCCCAGGAGCGUGGACGGUGCUACCUUACCCUGUCCUGCUUGGUGCCCAAAGCUGACUGGGUCACCUACAGCUGGUCUCGAGGCAUAUCUUCACACCCAGCCCCGGAGGACUAUUGGCUCCAAGAGCAUCAAGCUGAUCUGCAGCUGGAAAUCACUAAAAGCAGCAGCAACACCUUCUAUCACUGCAACGUCAGCAAUGCCAUCAGCUGGGGCAUGGCCACCAUCGAUGUUGAACCGCUGUGCAACUACACAGGAUGGUCUGGAGCAGGCACAGAUGCCCCCACAACAGAGGUGGUCAGGACCCCAGAGGUCGCCCCAACAGAGCUGGUCGGGACCCCAGGGGAGACGGUCACGUUUCCUCUCGAGAUCCCGGCAGGGGAGACAUUAGAUACUGCUGCUUGGAUGAUUGGCACAGAGAGUCUAGCAACGGUGAUACCAGGAGACCCCCCAAGUGUCGUUGUGUCAGACAGGAGCUAUAGGGGCCGCCUGCGUGUCCCCAACGACGGCCUCUCGCUGCACAUCACCGACCUGAGGCUGGAGGAUGCGGGGUCCUACACAGCUCAAGUCAACACAGAUAAAAGCCAAUUCACCAGGCUUUUCACGCUGCACAUCUAUGAGCGGCUGCCAGAGCCCAUGAUUCACUGCAAUGCCCAGAGCUGUGUGAAUUCGUCCUGUAACAUGAACCUGAGUUGCACCAUCCCCAAUGGAGGCAACAAGGUGACGUACAGCUGGAGCACCCCACAGUCCCUCCGUAUGUUCAGUCAAGGAUCCAUCAUGAUCAUUACUCACCCAAAUCUUCUUAUAAACGUCACGUGCGCAGUGCAGAACCCCGCCAGCAGCAGCUCCACAACGGCCUCUGUCAAGGCCCUUUGUGCAGUUUCAGCAACCAUGCCUGCCCAGGCCUCAUCACUCUCCUACUGCCAGGCCAAGGGGCUCAUCCUGCUGUUGGUGCUGGGGGUGCUGAUCACCGGGACUGUGGGAGUGCACAUCAUGGCUAGCAAGCCACCGAAACAGGACUGAGCAGGGCCGAGCCCACACCAGCCCUGCUCCACUCCCGGAGAGGAAGAUGAGGGGAGGCUGCAGCACGGAGGAGAAGCAGCCGGUGGGCUGCGGGGUCUGACUAUGAGUGUCUGAGACCAGUUCCUAAAGCAGCACGGGCGCCCUGCAGAAAUUUCACCCCAUCGCUGCCUCCUCCCCUGCCCAGGGGGCCAAACGAUCAGGACCCCAGUCUGCAGGGCAGUCACUGGCUGGGCUCAGGGGCACACAGACAUGGGCAAGACACAGCACCGCUGUCCCGGGGGCAGCUGCAGCCUCUACACAAACUUGCCCUCCUCUGCGCUGUCUGUCUCUGAACCCUCAGGGUCAAUCCUCCCCCCAUGCCCCAAGAGUCCCUUGAGGUUGCACCGUGGGUCCCAGGGCUUGUUCAGCCAUCAGCACUGUGGGUGCCAACGUCCCUGUAAGGCAGGCUCUCCACUGGCAGGGGUAAUGCCCAAACACUCCAGCCCCGCAUUUCUCUUUUGCAACAAACCCAGCCCAGCCCCAUCAUGGGAGAGCU